GGAUGCUUAUUUACCACUCACUCUCUGUUGAACUAUUAUUGUCACCUGGUAUUUCAAACUCAGUGAAGUGGCAAUCUCAAACCAUAGGAUGGCCGUACGCAUGGUGAAUCAAAGCCUGGUCUUACUGGUCGCAUUUUGUACUUGCACGGCUGUUUCCCUGGACUCUGAGCGGAGGUGUGAAAAUGGAGGAGAUUGUGUUUUGACGUGCACCGCAGUGAACAAACCGGGAGUGCAGUACAAGGAUCUGCGUUGGUCUAAGGAAACGCCGGAGGGCCUUGACGACCUGCUGAUCCGAGCUCUGCCGAACGGCACCACCAGGUACAUCGGGCUGCGGCGAGAGGUGCAGCUGUUGGAGGACCGCUGGGACAUCCUCCUGCCCAACGUGAGCUUUGGGGACAGUGGCACCUACCUGUGUCGCCUAGCCGACCCAGUGGGAGAACAAAGCCCAGUAGGACGCCUCAACCUCGCCGUCACAGGCGGUCCUGACGGUCCACCCAGGCUCCAGGUGUUGGUGUUUGUGGUUUUAGCCACAGUGAUGCUGGUCGGAGCACUGCUGCUAUUCACCUACAGCUAUGGCCGUCUCAAGGAUCUGCUACGGGAGAGGAGCAAGGUGAUAAUAAAGAGAGUCAGUUUAGGAGCACACCUUCAUCCACUUGACCUGAACGAACUGAAGUCCAUCCAGACCUUGGGUCCAAAAUGGUCCAAUGGUUCUAAAACAAAACAUUUGAAUAUUUGAGUUUAGUAUUUACAUUUACAUUUAGGGGAUUUAGCAGAAGCUUUUAUCCAAAGCGACUUACAAUUAGUACAUUUUUCAUAGUUAGGUGAAAAAAUAUAUCACUGUCGGUACAGUAAGGUAUUUGAACUAAACGUAAAAGACAAUACAUUCCUCAACAUGACAUUGACCGAGUUCUGCACUUGCCUUCAACAGUAAUGUUUAGACCCAGAAGUUAAUGUGUUUGAGGGUGUUGAUUUACACUAAAUCUAAUGUAACUAUGAGUGUGUUACUAACACUCAGACUAUUUGAUUGGCCUGAUGAUCUCUGGUGUGUCAGAGAGCUGUGACCCCCCAACUGUGGUAGGUUGCUAAUGGCCCCUGUCAGUUCCUGACCUAGAGACGCUAGACUCAUAAAAUUGCUUUGAAUCGCUGUAAUUCUCUGAAGUCAUCACAAAUAGAAAUCUGAUUUGUGAUUGGAAGAAGCCUGUUUCUGAUGAUUCUGACUCCUGGGAAGUACAUGUACAUUAUGUCUAUUUUUUUAUUCUUCAUUCAAACGCUAACAGUGUCCUUCGGUCAAAUUAUCAGCUCCUUCUGACCGGCCGUAUAGCUAGCAGUUAGCAAACCCACAUCCUGAAUGACCUGCAAGGUCAACUUCAGUCACGGGACCCUAGUUUCUCUAGGCAAGUUUUAAUCCGUCUUGAACAAAGCCUUGAUUGACAGCAACGCUGGUAGUUGUGCCUGUUUUGCUACAUAGGUCAACCGUAUUGUUACUUUAUAAUAUUAAUCCUUGCCUAUUUCAUCGUAUGUGUGCAUAUUAAUUGUCUGUAUGUUACAUGUGUAUAUGAUUGUGCCACUAUGAUGUCUCACUUGCAAAGGAGGAUCCUAACCUCAAUGAGAAGUCCUGAAUAGAUUAUUAAUAAAGGUUCAAUAAAUACAA